AUGGCUGGCAAAACUCCGUCGGUGGCGCCCGCCGUCGUCGCGGUCCUGCUCGUGGCUUCCCUCGGAGCGCAUCUCGCGCCGAGAGCAGCGGCGGAGACAUGCGUCGCGUCGACGAUCGGAGGAUACAACGUCGCGGUGCCACUCGGCGACAGCCUCAUUCUCCACUGGAUGACACCCAACUCAACCACUCUCAACCUCCUCCUCGAGACCACCGCGCCAGGCUGGGCGGCAGUGGGGUGGUCAGCGGACGGCAGAAUGUCUGGUAGUGACGCGGUGGUGGGCAACACGGGUAAUCCACCCACUGUUCAGGCAUACACACUCACUUCCAAGUUACCCGGCGGUCAGAACCCAACCACUUCUUUCGAGCUUGGCGACACGUCUGUGACUGCGAAUGGCGGCUCGACUUACAUCAAAUUUUCUCGCACGGAGGGCACAGGGAACGUGCCUGUGAAGCUGUCGGGCGGCUCUGCAAUCAUCUAUGCUUCCUCACCAGACGGCUCCACGAAUUUUUUCUACCACGGCCCCUUUAGGGGAUCGGCGGUUGUCGAUUUCUCGUGCAAGGUGGAAGGAGCAGCACCAGCACCAGCACCAGCACCACCUGCCACACCACCCUCAGCCUCGCCGCCCCCCACUGGUAGCGCGAGUUCCCCACCACCCCCUUCAUCCACGCCAGCACUGCCAACACCCACCGCUUCCCCGCCUCCACCACCGCCUAAGGCAGGGGGUUCGGCUGUUGAUCGUGCACAUUGGUUGUUACCUGUGGCUCUGAUUGCUGGGCUCCUUCCUUAUCUGGUGGGCAUGGCUUGA